AGGUGAACAUAACUAUAUUGAAAGUAGACGAAAUAAGAAUCCUUUUUAGGCGUAAUACUCCAUACUUGACGUUCACCUUGAAAGAAGAGGAACUAACGUAGGCCAGCUCUGUGAUGCGGGUAUUGGCAGCCUUAGUGGAUGGAAGUAGUCACUUUUGUCUUCCACACCGGCAGUGACUGCCCGCACAACCUGAGCCUCCAGGUGUUCUUCCCCGACCGGCGACCAGGCGAAGAAACUCGCUAUGGGAUCCACUGCAGCGCCAGUUCACAAGAGACGGAGGACCGUAGGUCGCCACCUGCUUCUUCUCCUGUGGAAAAGCCUAUUGCUCAGAAAGAAACAAAAGGUUUUAACAUUUUUUGAGAUCUUCCUGCCCACAGCUCUCUUCUCCGUCAUUCUCUUCAUUAGACUCUUGCCAGGAUCAGCCUUAACUCCGGUUUAUGUUAAUAAGACGACUUACUUUUCUCACAUAAAUGAACAGGAUCUCGAGAAACAAUACCUCAAAUAUAACCCAGCCAUUCUCAAGCCGAGCAUGUACUACGCCCCAAACGAAAGUUUCGCUGCCGACACGGCGGUAUAUCUGGCGGAUCGACUUGGUUGGCCUGCAAACGCUGUGGUAGCUGUGAAUGACCUUGAUGAAAUGGAUGAACUGGUUGAACAAAAAUACUAUUCUUCUAACGGCAGCUCUUCAUCUGUCAUUGGACUUCACUUCAAGGAUAUGCCUAACGACUGUGAUGUGCCGGAAACCUUGCACUACUCUAUCCGUCUGCCGGGCACGUGGUACACCGGAGCUGAGUAUCCAUUCUUCCAGCUUCCAGGACCCAGGAACCGUAGCAGAAGUUACAUAAAUAAUGGAUUUGCUCUCCUGCAAACCUGGAUUGACCGCUUCUACAUUUCGAGGCUGACCAAUGAUACGCGCUACAUGGACGAGUUCCAGUUAGACAUCCAGCCCUACCCGUACCCUCCAUACUCCAAUGAUGGAGGCCUCAGCCAAGCUUAUGGGUCUAUGCUACCGUCCUAUAUGAUUCUGGCCUUCGUACUUUUAUCUCCAUCUCUUAUCAAGAACGUCGUUCACGAAAAAGAGACAGGAGUGAGGGAGUUAAUGCGACUGAUGGGGAUGAACAGAUGGUUGAUGUGGUUGGGUUGGUUCCUACAUGCGUUGGUAGUGGUGCUUCUGGUGUCAAGCAUCGUGACUAUCAUGCUCACAGUCAGCCUUCACCAGAGUGAAGGGUCGGUGCCUCCCAUAAUCAACUACACCGAUCCUUCUUUUGUCUGGGUAAUGAAUACACUUUACGGCAUUUGCUCCAUCGCCUUCUGUCUUGCCAUCUCGACCUUCUUCAGCAGACCAACCUUGGCUACCACGCUGGGUGUCCUCAUCUGGCUCUUCUCCUAUUACAUCCCCAACACAUUCUUCUACUUCGACUACGAUGACAUGAGCCUCGCCCCCAAGGUGUUGGUGUGCCUCUUUCCCAAUAUGGCGAUGACCCUCAGCUUCAGGGUAAUGGCGAUGUUCGAGGGUAGAGCGCUAGGUGUCCAGUGGGACACCAUCUGGGAAACAGGCAACCCGCGAGAUGAACUGACGCCAGGCGCAAUAUUGCUGAUGAUGGUCCUUGACACCUUCCUGUACUUGCUUCUGGUGUGGUACGUGGACCAGAUCAGCCCAGGGAAAUACGGCGUUCCGCUGCCCUUUUACUUCCCCUUCCAGAGGAGUUACUGGUGUGGCACGCAGCCUGAGAGCGUGACGAGCAGCACUUCAGACAGCGACGACCCAACAAGCCACUACUUCGAAGAGGAGCCCGAGGGACUGAGGCCUGGCAUUGUGAUCCGGAACCUGCGGAAGGAAUUUCGAACACUGGGAGGAAAAGUGAAGGUGGCGGUGGAGGACGUGUCCAUGACGUGUUAUGAGGGCCAGUGCACUGUGCUGCUGGGCCACAAUGGCGCUGGGAAGACCACCACCAUGUCUAUCCUGACAGGGGUUUACGCGCCCAGCGGCGGCCAAGCGGAGGUCGGCGGCUGGAACAUUGCCACACAUCUGAGGGAAGCACGCGAGGAGCUGGGACUGUGUCCGCAACAUAACAUGCUGUUCGUUGACCUCACUGUGCUGCAACACCUACUUUUCUUUGGUCGGCUGAAAGGGUUGACGACCAAGGCGGCGGAGGAGGAGGCCGUGGAGCUGCUGGGGCGCCUGGAUCUGCUCGACAAGAAGAACAUGUUCGGCAGCCAGCUGUCGGGCGGCAUGAAGAGGAAGCUUUCCCUCGCCAUCUCCCUCAUCGGUGGCUCCAAGGUGGUGAUCCUGGACGAGCCUAGCAGUGGCCUGGACCCUGAGUCGCGGCGGUGGGUGUGGGACGUGGUGCAGGGUGAGCGAGGCCGACGUACCAUUCUGGUCACCACGCACCACAUGGAGGAGGCGGAUGUGCUGGGAGAUCGUGUGGCCAUCAUGGCCUCCGGCAGGGUAGUCUGCGCGGGCUCUACAUUGUUUCUGAAGAAUAUGUUUGGUGAUGGCUACACCUUGGAGAUUAUCAUGACGGAAGACUGUAAUGUGGACAAGCUUAAAGAGGAGGUGAAUAGGCACAUGCCGAGUGCCGUCCUCCUCUCCAUCCAAGGUGGUGAAGUAGCCUUCAAGCUGUCGCCAGACACCUCUCUCUUUGCCCCGCUGGUCAACAGCCUCUCCUCGCGCAAGGAGGACCUGGGCAUCAGACACUUUGGUCUCUCGCUCACUACAAUGGAAAAAGUCUUCCUAAGUGUGAGCACAGUGAUGGAAAAAGAUGAGGAGCACCAGCAAACUGUCAUCCCGCUCGAUGAGGACGAACACACCCAGCACAGAGACAGUGUCAAUAAGGAGAAUGGCGAUUUCUCCGGCAGCAAAGACCAUCUCUCUGAUGGUGACUGGCGGAAGCUGACUGGAACAACACUUACGCUUCACCGCACCAAGGCUUUCUUCAUCAAAAGAAUCAUCUACUCCAUGAGGAAAUGGCCGCUCUUUAUCACGCAGGGUCUGGUGCCGGUGGUCGUGACCAUCGCCUGCCUGCUGGUCGAUAGAAACUUUAAUUUUUUCCUCGCGCAGGAGCCUCUCCUUACUCUCACCCCCUCUAUUUUUCCGAAGACAUUCUCCUUCGUAAGUGCUGAUGAAAAUUUAACAGACCUGUCAUCUCACUACAAGGAUCUCUUCACCAGCAAACACGAGGUGGAAGAGACAAAGAACUUGACCACGAGCCUUCUACAAGCCGCCAAUGAAAGUCUCUCACGUUACCGAGAACAACAUACUUUUUCAGCAAGUUUUCUGGAUACGAUUGACAACAUAACGCUGCAGGUGUGGUCACAAACCAUUCCCUUCCACACCGUGGGAAUCGGCAUCAACCUUGUGUCAAACGCUCUGCUCCGGUACGCCACCAACUCCACCAACAACACCAUCACUACUGACAACUACCCGCUGCCGCCCAACACAAUGUGGCAGUUCAAGACGGAAUUAUCUGCCAGCUCUUUCAUCUACCCAAGCAUGAUGUCCCUCGCCCUUGCCUUCCUCUCCGCUUCGUAUUUAGUCUUUCCUUUACAAGAACGUGAAAGCAACACCAAGCAAGUGCAGCUGAUGACGGGCGCUCCGGUGUGGAUUCUAUGGACCACCAACUUCAUCUGGGACAUGGGGACGUACAUAGUGACUACGGUGCUCAUCCUCAUCGCUUUCAUGACUCUCGACCCCAGAGGCUACUUCACCAUUGACGCUGCUCCAGGUGCCCUGGUGCUGCUGCUGCUCCUGUAUGGCUGGGGAAGCAUCCCACUGGCUUACCUAUUUAGCUUCCCCUUCCAGACUCCCGCAGCGGGAUUCGCUGUACUGACCUUCAUAUGCAUCGUAGCAGGUCAGCUAAUCACGGCCGUGGUGGCGGGACUGAGGCUUGCUCAGGAUCCUUCCCUUGACCUCGCCAGUGACAUCAUUCACUGGAUCUCAUGUCUCUUCCCAGCGUACCCUGUUGCUGAUGGCUUCAGUAAGAUCGUGAGCACGAGUGUACACAAUACCAAGUGUGACAAAUUUGACGAGACCACCAUGCUUGAGCUGUGCUUGGGCCUCUUCAUUGGCGAUAGAGACAGCGAAUUUCUACAGUGCUGCCCGCAUAUUUUUUGCAGCGCUUCGGCAACUGGAGAAUGUUUCCAGGUUCAUUCUUAUUUUAAUUUCGAUCACUCCGGGUUGGGCUCUACUCUGCUGAUCCUGUUCGUGGAUGGCCUCAUCUUCAUGGCGCUCAUUGGCCUGAUUGAAGCAGGCGUCGGGAGAAAGUUCUUGCACUGGUGGCGUUCUUGUAGGAUUUCGCGGCUACCAGCGAUUGUUGAUCCGUGGGAUACAGUUAUGCCAGAUAAUGAUGUGGUUGCUGAGGUAAACCUGGUUGGCUCCUUAAUGUGCGCAGACCAUGGAAAUCUAGAGCUCACGGAAGCUUCCAAGGACACGACGAUGCUGGUGCACAAUCUGGUGAAGCAGUACUCGGGGUGUCUGGUGCGUGCCGUGAGGGGGAUCAGUUUCCACGUAGAUCGUGGGGAGUGCUUUGGUCUGCUCGGAGUCAACGGAGCCGGGAAGACAAGCACCUUCAAAAUGCUGACAGGCGACGAGAUAAUCACAGGAGGAGACGCCAGAAUAGGCGCUUUCUCCCUCAGGCGCCACAGAAAGAAGUUUUUGCAGCAGAUCGGCUACUGCCCACAGUUCGACGCAUUUAUGGGAGACCUGACAGGAGUGGAGAUGCUUCAAUUAAUGGGACGUCUGCGAGGAAUGGACGAAAGACACCUGAAAACAACUGUUCCUAACUUAGUUGAUCGGGUCGGACUGACGGAAUGCGCGCUGCGUCCUUCCAGCACCUACUCAGGCGGCAACCGGCGAAAGCUGUCAACAGCGAUGGCUCUGAUCGGGGACCCACCGUUGGUCUUCCUGGAUGAACCUACCUCAGGCGUGGAUCCAGCCUCCCGCCGGCGUGUGUGGGCAGCCAUCAGUGAGGCGGUGAGCAGCGGGCAGAGCGUGGUGCUCACAAGCCACUCCAUGGAGGAAUGCGAAGCACUCUGCUCUCGUAUCACUAUCAUGUCCCGCGGAUCUCUGCGCUGUGUUGGUAGCUCAAGCCACCUGAAGGCCAAGUUUGGUCAAGGGUACAGCCUCCAGGUAAAACUCAAGACACAUGGAUUUAGCACGGCAAGCAAAGAAGAUAAUGAUCGUAUUUAUGACGUAAAGGUGGAAGAAGUGAAAACCGUCAUCAACUAUCACCUGCCUGGAUCCUCACUUACCGACCAGCACAAGGGAAUGCUGGCGUAUCGGGUGCCGGAUACCGUCACCUGGGGCACACUGUUUGCUGUGAUGGAAUCAUUGAAGGCAGGCCAGCAUCCAGACGGCUCCCAAACUACAGUCUCACAAUCCAUGUCCUCGCCAUCCAUUGUGGAGGUGUAUGCCGCGUCAGACACCUCUCUCGAGCAGGUAUUUUUGUCUUUCGCGAGGGAAGCAGCGCAGCUGAGGUCAAUGGGCCUUGCUGCUUCCCAUGUGGUGCCGACUAUGGUAACAGCUCCUUCUCAGGCAGUGCCAGCUGUGGUCACGGAACACUCCCAGGAACCACAGACUAUGGUGACGGAGCUUUAGUGUGCAGUGUAUCACAGUUCUAGACGGACGUCUGAAUUUAGUGUAGCAAUGACCAUUAGCAGAUGUCAAUUCGCAAAGGGUCUGACAAGCCGCUUUUAUAUAGGAUAUGUAUCUGUGGUGGUCGGAGGUAGAAUGUCAUUAUAGUCUGAUGGUUGGACACAGUGUGGUUAUUGUUAUAAUUGUAACAGCAGUGGUGAGAGCUGCAGCAAUAAUAACAGCAGCAGCAGCAGCAGCAGCAGCAGCAGCAGCAGCAGCAACAACAACAACAACAGCAACAUCAACAACAACAACAACAACAACAACCGCCGCCGCCGCCGCCACAGC